GCCUUGUCGGUGCUGUCUUUGUUCUUAAAAAACUCAUUAAUAAUUCAGGAGCAAAACACGAAGAAAAAUCAUAAGCGUGUCGUGGUUUUAUAUGUGAUAAAAAAUCACGUUAAUUUACAUAAACUUUAGCUUUGAUUUUCUCGGUUUAGACAAAGUUUAUUUUAAAAGUUACUUCGCCAAUGAACUCAUAUAAGAUGAGUCGUUUUUUAAGCUAUUUAAAGCACUUGUAGUCGUGUUUUAUCACAUAUAAAACACUCCGCUACGCGUCGUGUUUUAUAUGUGAUAAAACACUCCUACGCGUGCUUUAAAUAGUACUUAUUGUACUCAUUGUUUUCUUGUCGUGAUCGUCCAUAUGUGCAGUAAACCCUAAAAUUUUUCGUGACAGUAUUCAACUAUUUUGCCUGACAACUGUUACUUAUCUUUUAGGAUUUUAGCUUCAAAAUGCAUUGCAAUAUUUUGGUAAUUUUGUUUUCGUUGGUGCCUUUCGCGGUUGGUAAGUAAAUUUUUUCUUAUAAAGGAUCAAUUUAUCAUUGAACAGCUGAGUAUGUAUUAGACUUAUUUAACCCACUGAGCUGUAAUGCGCGGCCCAAAUCCGCUGUACUGUGUUAUUUUACUCUGUCUAUCGCCAGACUAUUUCACUUUGUCCAAUGCCAAACAUAGCAUACUACUUUUACAUGUACUGUUUGGGAUGAAAAAUUGAAAAUGUUGGCAAAAUAAGCCGUGGAACUAUGCUCAAAUUUUUCCUGCGACUAAUGUGUAGAUACACGGGUCUACUUACGUUGCAUGUUGCAGGCAAAAUUUCUCUUUACUCAUCGAAAACUUUGGCAAAUAAGUAAUGGCUUCGUGUUUUCUGCGAGAAACUUUUUUCUUAUCGACAUUUUAUUUAAAACGUAAGGAAUCCGUAUUUUUAAUUUUUACCACUAUGGGCUGUAUAUAGAAAGGCUUUUAGUAGCAUAGAGUUUAUUUGAAAAUUAUUUAUUUUCAAGUUUAUAUAAUAUGAUUAUAGAGAUUUAUAGUAGAAGUAUAACUAUUGCACUUGUCUUUCCCACAGGCCAAGCCAUCAAUAUUUGUCCGACAAGGGAGAUCACAGCAUCCAGUGGACAGAUUAAAUCGCCUAACUAUCCAAACAAAUAUCCCUCGAACACUGAUUGUACCCUGACGAUCAAACAACCGCUGGAUACAAACUUCACUUUCACUUUUGCCAAAAUUGACAUUGAGGGUGACGAAGAUGGGGGUAGGUAACGUGAAGACCGAUUUACACUACACAACUUUUGUCUAAAACUGUCGCAUGCAAUUUACAACUUGAGUUGCUAUUAGAGGUGUGCAAAUCCGAUCCGAAUCCGAUUCGAUCGGAUUCGUUCGGAUUUCGGAACAAAAAUAUACAUUUCGGAUCGGAUUGAUAAAGUUGUUUCGUAGUCGGAUCGGAUCGAAUCGGACUUCGAUAUUCGAAAUAAAAUGAAUUCAUUAUCCACGCAUUAUUGCAAGAAUUAAUUAUCCAUGCAUUUAUCAAAGCAUUAUCGCGGUUGUCGCUGCAUUUUUCGUUUGAUACUUCAAUUGGACGUCACUUUGUCAGCUUCUUGACAUGUAUUUCUUGUUUUUAUGUUUAUUCGGUUAAACAUUUCAACUUGAAUGACAAAUUUAUUUUGUUAAAGGAUUCUUCGGAUUGGAUCGGAUUGGAAUUCUUUAUCACAACUCGGAUCGGAUUCGGAUUAGACAAUUUCGGAUCGGAUCGGAUUUUAAACAUUAGCCAAUUGUCGGAUUAUAAACGUCCAAUCCGAUCCGAUGCACACCUCUAGUUGCUAUGUCAAUGGAGUUCUUUCAAGCAGACAAAUAAUAUCAUAGGGCUCUAUCCUUGGACUGUUGUUAUUUUUUAUAUAAUCAAUGAUUUGCCUGGCUGCUUGUCGGAAUCCAUGCCUAAUAUGUAUGCUGAUGAUACAAAUAUAUAGAGAAUAUAUAGAUACAAAUAUAUAGAGGAGAUAUAACUUUUAUCUUCGAGUGGUGAAAACCAUAUUUUAUGACGAGCGAGCAGCGAGUGAGUAAAAUAUUGUUUUUAACACGAAAAGAUAUAAGUCAUAUCUUCAAGCCAUCGUGUAAUGUUCUGUUUAUUAUAUAGUUCCAAGCAAAAAAUUGUGAAAUUUCACGCUCAAAAGCAAAUUAGAAAAAGUCACAUGAUCGAUAUCUUCACUAUAGUAAAGAUAUGGAAAAUAUCUCACUGUGUAUUUUUCAGUAUCUCACUCUCUAGUCUCUACUAUAUAAUAAAAAAUAAACCGAAAUAUAAUAUUAAUAAAGUUGAAGAGACAGUAAUGGUGCACGAAGUCAUGACUACAACUUUGUUAUCCCUAAACCAAUCACCAAUUUUUUGAAAAAUAGUCUGGAAUAUAAUGGAGCAGUAGUAUGGAAUUCAAUACCAAUUGAAAUUAGGAAUUCCACUUCCCUAAAAAUUUUCAAAAAUAAACUGUAGAAAAAUUUGUAUAUAGCUUUAAUUUCUCCUUUUCCUUGUAAAUAUUGUAAAUAAUUCAAAUGUCAUGGUGCCUGGGAAGACCAUCUCAAUUUGAAUGACAGGCCUCCGUGCUUAAAUAAAGUUACUAUCAGUAUCACGACUGUGCCGGACUUGUUGGAACAACCCUGCAACAAGUCUGAUAAUAUCAACAAGCUUGUUACAAGUUGUUCCAAACUUGUUGGCAACUUGGGACAAGCAGUGCGAAUACAACUUGUGGACGGCUUGUUGGCAGACUUGCUACAAGAUGAAAGAUUUUUGCGUGUGUAGUUUACAUAUUAUUAAUAUAAAUAUGUACUGUAUUCACUUAUUCACUUAUCAGGAGAUGAACUCUCGUGUUACGAUUCCCUCACAAUAUCUGGAGGUUCAUCAAAAGACUUCUGUGGGAGUACCACACCGGCGCCAUUUGUACCUGGUCUGAAUGUCGUAAAACUGAAAAUGUUAUCAGAUGGUAGUGUUGAACAAACCGGUUUUGAUCUCAGUUUCACCACCGUUCAGAGUAAGUAAUAUAUUCGGUAUUAUUAUACACUCACGCGCACUUAACCAAUCAGUAAUCGUUGAGAGGGUCACGUGUCGAUCCAAUAUUUUACGUAUUGGACAAGAACCUAUUGGACAGUUGCGAAUUGUGGCUUUUUUCAUGGUUUUUCAACCCUUUUCAGAUGUUUUGUCAAUUUCAAACAUACAACAAGCGAUAUGGCAGAGUAAUGAAAAUAAUUUGGGACAUUAAUACAGUUUUUUUCACCAGUUUUGUUUAAAAUUAUAAAAGCGCGGGAAGAAUUGUCCUUGCGAAAUUUAUUUGUUUGCAACAACCUAAAAGUUAGUAAUAUUAUGGAAAUGAGUUUAUUUAUGCACACAUAUUUGUAAAAACAGGUUUAUUAUCUUUCUGUUUAGUUAUUUAAGUAAAUUAGUUUAGUUAUUGACAAUUUUUUGUUAUAGAAUUGUUUUGUUCGAUAUAAUAAAACUCUUGUUGGAUUCAUCUUUCAUUGGACCUAACCAGAAACAGCUACGAAAAAUGCAACUUAAGGUCCUUGGCAGUAAUUGAACUCGCGGCCCUGCGUGAUUCGAAUGCAGCGCAAUGUGCAACGCUUUAACCAACAGAGUUACAAAGGCCAGUUGUCGAACUCUAACCACAAGUUCAUUUGCACAAUUAUACAUAUAGGGUACUGCCAUGUUUAGCUUAUGGGUAAAUAUCGAGAUUUUGUUGGCAUCUUACUCGAUUCAAUAGCAGGGGCGGCGGAACAGGGAGGCUAGGGGGGCUAAAGCCCCCCCCCCCAGAAGUAAAAGUGGGGGGCUUAGCCCCCCUCCCCCCCCCGAAAAUUUUGUUUGUUCUGGAAGAAUUUUGAUAAUUAAGGAAAAAUUUAGGGUAUUUUUUUAAAAUUUAGGUAUAAGGGGAAAAAUUUGCAAUAUUUUAUUUAAAAAAUGUGUAUGUCCGGAAAAAUUUUCUGUUAUAGGUCCAGAAAAAGUUUUUUCAUGCCUUUUCUUGUAUAUGUCCGGAAAAAUUUUCGUAUCCCUAAAAUGGUACACUGACCGAAAUUUUUUUGGCGACGGGGGGGAGGGGGAGGUCACGGAAAAAAAAUUUAGCCCCCCCCCCCACAAUGAAAUCUGUUCCGCCGCCCCUGUUCAAUAGUAGUUGAAGGAUAUUGUAAAUGGAAAUUAUCUAGUGGAAAAUUAUAUGCAUUUAUUAUACCGAUCGCAGGGCAGCAGGUUCGAUUCCUGCUAGGGACCUACAGUGGCAUUUUUUCGUAGCUGUUCCUUUCUUGAUUACGAAGUGGUUAGCGCACUUGCCUUUCACCUCUAAGGUCGCAGGUUCGAAUCUCAGUGAGAACUUCUCAAUGUGACUCGAACCCAGUCCUCAUGUGAAAAGAGUAAAAGUCAACGCUCUGCCGAAAGUCGUGGAUUUUCUCCGGGUACUCCGUGUUUCCUCCCACAGGGAAAGUUGACAGGGUGGGUUAGGCACAUAGGUCAGGAGGCAUAUCAUAAUGAGGUAUGGACUAAUAGCGGCUGCUUAUUGGACUAAUAGCGGCUGCACUUCAGCCUUCUGAAUGAUGGUUUUUAAGGCACAUUUCAGCCCUUUUAAUUGAAAAAACUAACUAGGAAAAUCAAUUAUACAUAAUUCAAGAUCACUGAACUCAAUGUUUGUAACAAUAAAAAUGUUUUAAAAUAUUAAAAACAUUAAGUUUGGUGAUCUUGAAUUAUGCUUAAUUGAUUUUCCUAAUUAGUUUUUUCAAUUAAAAGGGCUGAAAUGCGCCUUAAAAACCAUCAUUCAAAAGGCUGAACUGUGCCUUUAAAGCGCCAUUGACCUCGGUCUGCUUCACGCCAGUUCCGGCUGUAAUUGUAAUGCUCACUUCAAACACUCAUUAAUAAUUCAUAAGCUUAUUGGCAAAUCAUGUCAACCAUAAUAUGUCACGUGCAGGUGCUUUAACCUGAUAAAACACUCCUAAUUAGUAUUCUUUAUAUAAAGAAUACUAAUAAGGCAGUAUCUAUUGUAGUUGUGUAGUAAGGCAGUAUAUCUAUUGAAUUUGUAUAGUCGUAUAACCUAAUAAAACACUCCUGCUCGUUUAUUAAACAGUACUUGAUCAUACACAUAUGUAAAAUCGUGCAAUAGAAAUAUUAAAUAUUAUUAUUAUUAUUCUGUGUAUAGAAUAUUGCUAUCUUUGUUUGUUCUAGCACCUGGUUUGCCCCAAGCAGUGAGUGUGUGUCCGACCAGAUCAAUGACCCCCAGUCCUACUGGUCGUGUCCACUCGCCUGGAUUCGCUGGUAACUAUGGCGCCAAUCUGAACUGUAAGCUUACAUUCAACAUGCCUUCAAACAAGGAGUUUGAAUAUUUUUACAACAUUCGCGAUAUUGAAUGUAAGUGCACAUUAACAAUAUUUCAAACAUCAUUAAUAAUUCAUAAGCUUAUUGGCAAAUCUUGUCAACCAUAAUAUAUGUCACGUGAAGAGGCUUUAAACCUGAUAAAACUCAUCGUCAUCAGUAUUCUUUGUAUGAAAGUCCAUCCUAAUUCCUAAUUAGUAUUCUUUAUAUAAAGAAUACUAAUGAGACAGCAUCUGUUGUGGCCGUGUUGGCCCGUGUUUGAAGCCAUUCAAAACAUUUUUUAUUCAGAUCAUAUCUAAAAUGAUCGUGCUGCGCAUUCGCAUUUUAAAUAUGAUAAAACACUCCUACGCGUGUUUUAAAUAGAAAAAUGGUUAUCGUUUUUCUUCCAAAAUUAAUUUCAACCAAGAUACCCACUGCUGCCCCAUAGCAUACUUUAAGACUGACCUGAGUUUUACAAAGUAUAACUAUAACACCGUGUAUUCUCUUUGAGAAAUAAAAUUUUAAAAGUUUCUGCUAGUGCUGGAUUUAGCAAACGAGACUGACCACCAUCGUUUUCGUGCUUUUUUCGGCUCAUUUCCGAAAGGGCUAUAAUUUUGCUUGCGUGGAUUGUUUAUUUGUUUUCAAUCUUAAUCUUUUACACUUUGCCUUAAAGUGCCUAUGACACGAAAUUUCACACCAAAGGUUUACGGUUGCAUUGUUAAGAUCACUUAAAAUGACUUAAUAAUUUCUUUUAUAGAAUUUUGGUAACUUGCUCCCUUUUCAAGAUAUUCAACUUUGUUUCAUAUGCAAAUAUCACCGGUGUGACAUCACAUCACAUAAUGAGUUUUCAGAAAAUUAUAGUUUUCUUCACGAAUACGUAUCUAAAAAACUUAAAAAUUGCCCUUGUAUAUGUAUAAAUUUCAUAACUGGUAAUUAACCCUCUGUAAUUGUUUGUAAAAAUAUUUUAUUGAGGUAAAAUAUUGCGUUUUCAAAAUGUCAUUAUGCGAUGUGAUGUCACACCAGUGAUAUUUGCAUAUGAAACAAAGUUGAAUAUCUUGCAAAGGAGGUAUUUUGUCGCUCAGUUUCAUGCUGUUGCCUCGGCUGUUGCAAUACUAGAUUCCCUUUAUUACGUUUUCGUAGCGCUUUGCAUUGUGGUUAUAGUGGUAUCACUGAUAAAGAUAGCGGCCUCGAAUGAAAAUAUUGAAUGUUUUCGCGUAUAUUUCGCUGUUGGCUAUCACGCACCUGACCCUAGCUUUUUUUAAAAGUUCUUGCACGGGUUGGGACAAAAAAUAAACCAUCUUGAAUGUCAGUGAUACCACUAUAACCACAAUGCAAAGCGCUACGAAAACGCAAUAAGGGGUAUCGUCAAUUGUCGAUGUCGCUUCUGUUGUUUUGGUCCAAUAGACCUUUCCAGUAAUUACGUCACAACUACACUGUUUUCAACUUAGGACCACCUUAAAUGCAAUAGAUUUCAAGUUUGUUUCUCACGGACUAUGGUCAGAGAAGCAGAACAUCCUUCGUCAACACAUGCAUAAAAAGGAAUUUUUGAUGUUGACUAUUUAAUGUGGAAAUAAGCUUAAACACGAAAACGAGGCUGAGGGGACAUGGCCCUUCUUGGCCCCUUAGCCUCGUUUUCGUGUUUAAGCUUAUUUCCACAUUUAUUGGUCAAAAUCCAAAAUUCUAUUUGAUGCAUGUGUUGAAGAAGGAUGUUCUGCUCCUCUGAUCAUAGCCCGUGAGAAACAAACUUUAUUAAAAUCCAUUCCAUUUAAGGUGGUCCUAAGUUGAAAACAGUGUUAGUCGUGACGUAAUUAGCGGAAAGGUCUAUUGGUUGUUUAUGUUGAUGCUGCUUGUAUAUACUGGUUGCUGUCGUUGUUACUCAAACUAACGGUGAAUAUUUUAAUGUUUUGCUUACAGACAUUAACGGGUGCACGAAAGACAAGUUGACGGUUGCGGACAACAGUGCAGUUGGCUCCACGUGUGGUCAAUCAUCUACCAGCGGCCCGGCGAAGUCACUCAAGGAUGGUGAUGUCUCAUUUCAUUUUACAACCGACGGGAGCGGCUCUGGAAGCGGAUUUUUGUUAACCUACAAACUCAUCGACAAACCAGUCCAGAGUAAGUUGUUGCGAGAGCGAUUUUUAACCCUGUAUGCCCUACAGUAUAUGGACAAUUUUGAACGUUUUUCGUCGUUAUUACGCGAAAUUGAACGACAACAAGCGAGGGAAACUGAAGCCAAAAUCAAAUAUUUGUACAAUUUUGUUUUUUCAUAGCUUGUAGUUGUCCAAAUGGAAAUUCGUACAUCAAACGAACAAUCACCAAAAAUAACAUCAUCAAACGUUCCGACGACGACAUUAGCUUGGAAUUUAAAACGACUCAAGCCAACGGACUCUUUUUGUUCGCCAAAGGCGGCCUUCGUGACUUUAUUCUACUGAAACUGCAGAAUGGGAAUAUAGUAUUCGAAGUUGAUCUGGGAACUGGUAAGGUGAUAGAAUCCAUUUAGGACCGGACUGCAAGUCAUUAGAUAGCUUAAGAUCUACGACGUCGACGUCAGCUAGGACGUCAGGGCUAUGAAGAGGACUGGGACUAGGAUGUCGUCCUAAUGUAGUCCCAGUCCUCUGCUUAGCCCUGACGUCCUAGCUAACGUCGACGUUGUAGAUCUUAAGCUAUCUAUUAUUUAUGGCGGGGGGGAGGGGGGGGGGCACCGAAGAGAAAAGGGUUGGGUAAACAAAAGUUUGAGUGAGUAAAAGGUUGGGUAAAUGAAACUAAACAAAACAACUCAAGGGUUGGGUAAUAAGAAUUUAUUGUCAUUUCCAAAGCAUGACUUUCUCAAAUACUGAAGACUGAAAAGCAAAGCAAUGUCAAUACUUGUGUGUCAAUACAGUUGACAAAUCAAUCAGUCACUAUCUUGAUCAUUUUCCGAUUUGUCAGGAGGAGAAUGGUAUCGUGAGAAAGAAAGUACUUUUUCCAACAGUGUCGUAACACUGGAAUUUGUUUCAGAAUUCUUGCUAUGGAAAUAGUAUGGAUCUUCUAUACAAAUUGCAAUUUCCAUACUAUGGAUAUACUACUUUAUAGUAUGGAAAUAAGUAUGGAUAUACUGUGGAUUUAGUCAUGCAAGAUCGCAAAUUCCAUAGUCAUGAAUUUCACUAUUUCACUAUUUUCUCCAGUGAUAUUUUAACUUAUAAAUAAAUAGAAUACAUACAGAUGGCUUUAAAGUAAAGUGAAUUCAUUUUGAUCCAAUCCCAGUACUAUAGACAUGGUACCACUGGUACUAGUAGCAGGACCGGAGAUACGGGGGGGGGGGGGUGACACCCCCAGAAAUUAUAUUCAGUCGGCAGGACUGCUAUUCAGUCUGUAGGACUGCUAUUUGGGUUAAAUAUUUCCGCGCAAGGGGCAAGAUAUUUGGGUUUUUUGGGUAAAUUUCCGAAUUUUGGUAUGAAAAAUUGAGUUAAAGUCACUGGAAAGGACAUGUUGGUCUCCGAAAAAUUUUUUUCCGUCAGUCGGUUGAAAUGACCUUACACCUGCCCUGAAGAAUUCCCUGAGGACGGCCCUGACUAGUAGUGAAUUAAUUUAAACCUUUGACUCUUGUGCAAUAUAUUUUAGGCAAUAUUACAGUGCGGGUUCCUUCAGGAAGUCUAAAUGACAACGCUUGGCACAAGGUUGUGGUGGAAAGGCGAUCAAGAUCUGUCAAAGUAACUGUGGAUGACCUUUCUCAACGUGAGCAUGAAAUUUAUACUAAGGGGUGUGUGGAGGGGGAGGGGAGCAGGGUAUAUAGAGCAGGAAUUGAAAAGGGGGUUCUUGUAUAGUAUUUCUCGAGGUAUUUCUUGUUAGCCUCGAUUUUCAACACAUUUUUUCGAGGUUUUGUACGCCGGCAUGUUGGAAAUCGAACCACUUGGAGAGUUUUCAUACAGGAUUUUGUGCAUCUUAUUCGAUAGAACUUAAUUGUCAAAGGGAUUCAUAGAUAAAAAUUUCAAAUGGAAUUUUUAUACAUUUGUUAUACCCAACUAAGAGCAGUUGCAAAAAAUGCAACCAUCAUUUGCAUAAAAUAGAAUAAAGGAGAAUAAGUACACAAAAAUGGUCAAAAUAGUCAUAUCAUUAGUUCGAGUAAAAACGCUCAACUGACCACAAAGCAACGAGUUUUUACUGUUUUACGCGGCGCUGCGUUAAAUCAUAGCCUAUCGAAGGGAAGAUGGCUGUGAAACUCAUUAGAAUAACAAUAUUUAACAAUUAUUCGCCGAAGGCGAGGUGAUUAUCGGGGAACAUUCGCCGAGACGAAGUCGAGGUGAAUAUUACCCAAUAAUCACCGAGCCUGAGGCGAAUAAUCAUUUUAAUAUUUUUGUGUUUUUUGGGACUGGAUUUAUUUUAAUUUCGCUUAUUUCUUUAUCAGUAUAACGUCCACAAAACGGCUAGCCGCCAUUUUGAAAAUUUUGGUUUUGUUAUAUUCACCUGUAGGUGAAUAUAACAGCUUAAUACGUCAUAUUUGACCAAUCAACUUGUAGGAUUUGUUAUGUUCACUUGUGCAAAAAUGCUAAAUUCAUUAGCUAUGUUAGUCAACGUUUAUUCAUAAAUAUGGUCUUUCACCGUCACGUGUGCAUUGCAUUUUUGCCAAAUUCACCCAACCAAUAGCAAUUUCCAAUUUACCCUAUUGUCCAAGUCACGGAUAGGUAACUUUCCUAAAACAUUGCUAUUGGUUAGUUGGGCAAAAAUACAAUACACACGUGACGGUGAAAGACCAGAUUUAUGAAUAAACGUUGAUUAGCGUAGAUAACGAGUUACACAGGGUGUCCCAAAAAAACCCGAAAACUAUUGAAAUCACCAAUAACAAUUUAAUUGUUAGAAUUUGAAUGCCUUAGCACUCUGUUGGUUCCCACGAGUGCAUAAAUGAUUGACAUAAGUAAAUGUUAUGCAUAAAGAAACUGUUUAAGACUGCUGUUUUAAAUUCCCAAGAGCAGAAAAUCGCGCACUUUACAAGGAGAUGUUUUUAACUAAAUUUAAUAUAUGCACCUUGUCAAUAUUUUACAUGCAUGUACGCAUCAUUACGUUCAGCUGUUUGGAAGGGCAUUCAAAUUUUAACAAUAGUGAUUUCAAUAGUUUUCGGGUUUUUUGGGACACCCUGUAUUGUUACUCUAAUGAUCUCACAGCCAUGUUCCCUUCGAUGGGCUGUGCCUAUAUGGUUAAAUUAAUAAGCACAUAAUCGUAUGCCAUUCAAAUUAGAAUAAUAAGGUAAAUUUCUAAAGGUCCCCUUGUUUUUAAGACACCAUUUACCAUAUAUACAUAAAGUUGUGGUUAGAACUCGACAACUGUCUCCCUGUACUCAGCUGGUUAGAGCGCUGCACCGGAAUCGCAGGGCCGUAGGUCGCUCUGUCUAUUUUGUUCUGCCUAACGCAUUUACUUGUGAAGGAGAACUCAAUGGGUUAAACUCUUUUAUUUCAGAGAUUGCUACAACCAAAGGCACCUUCACCUCACUUGAUAUCAAACCCCAGAACCUGCUGGGCGCUGCAAUGUACUCUCUGGGCGGUCCAUCAGGAAUUCGAUACGACGUCAACUUCCAAGGAUGUAUUCGAAACUUUGUGAUUGAUCAAAUGAAACCUGUCGAGUCCUAUCUACAAAACGACGCCGACUAUACGAUGUACGGCUCCACAACCAUGGGCACUUGUUAGACUGUUCUGAAGUUUGAACAGUUGUUUAUGUCGAUUCUAUUUGUAUGUUAGUUUUUUUUAUAGCAGUAUAUAGAAUUAAGGCUAAUAAGUGGACUCAAAUACCUAUGUUUUAAAUGCAUGAUAAUUUUGUUAUAGGAUUAAUGCUAGAAAGUUAGUCCAUAUAGUUUUAUAAAUCUAUAGUAGACUAUACUGUUCCUCGUUCGCUUUUCGAGUUUGUCAAUCUGACAUUUUCCAGAAAAGCUCCAAAAUUCGAUUGUAAUACUGCCCAUUUUGGAAAAUGGAUACCAAUAUUCUACGUGUAUACUGGUUUCGUUGUGUGGUUUAGACUAAUAGGUUAGCACUAAUGCUUGAUUUUUUGUACGUUAAUUUGUGAUUAGAGUCAUUAGAUUUAAGUCCAAUCAGAUAGUAGUAUUUAUGGGCCGUGUAGUUUCGUACAUUUAUACUUGUAGCCACUAUUGAUUUUAUCGUAAUGCAUAAUUUUAAUUCAGAAAGUUUGUUUUAUCUUGUAUAUUCGUUAUAUUGCUCAGUUAGUCAAAUAUAUUUCGUAAAAUGUUUGUGUACUGUAUGAAUGGUUUCUCUAGUUUGAGCAAAUGAUAGCUGUUCACCAGUCCACACCGGG